CUGCGUCUCCGAGCCUUUUUCUUGAGCUCCAUUGAUUGUUUUGCCGUCUACUUGUACGUCUCUGUCUCUCCCUGUCUCAGAGUCUCCGUGUUCGUCGAAUUCUCUCUACACUCCUCCACUACUCCCAUCUCAACUUGUUCCUUGUCUGCUCUUCAAUUGCCCACCAUGCCUGGAAUUCCUGUCCCCUUCAGCGAUAUCGCUAAGCCUGCCAACGAUCUCCUCAACAAGGACUUCUACCACACCACCGCUGCCAAUCUCGAGGUCAAAUCCAAGGCACCGAACGGCGUUGUUUUCAACGUCAAGGGCAAAUCCGCGCACGAUGGACCCAUCUCUGGCUCGAUUGAAGGGAAAUACACCGACAAGGCAACUGGCCUCACCCUGACUCAAACCUGGACCACCUCCAACAGUCUAGACACCAAACUCGAACUAGAAGACAACAUCACCAAGGGCCUCAAAGCCGAGGUCCUGACAAACUACCUCCCCGCGAAGUCCACCUACGGCGGCAAGCUCAACCUUUUCUACAAGCAGCCCAACAUCCACACCCGUCUGUUCACAGAUGUGUUCAAGGGUCCCACCGCCUCGUUCGAUGUCACCCUGGGCCACGAAGGGUUCUUGAUUGGUGCUGAGGGAGGAUAUGACGUGGGCAAAGCCGCCAUCACGAAAUAUGCACUGGCAGCAGGAUACUCGCAGGGGUCUUAUGCUGCUGCGGUGACGGCGACGAACAACUUGACCGUCUUCAGCGCGAGCUACUAUCACAAGGUGAACACCGAGGUCGAGGCAGGCGCCAAGGCUACCUGGGACAGCACGCAAGGAAGCAAUGUCGGCUUGGAGGUCGCGACCAAGUACAAGCUUGAUCCCAGCUCCUUUGCAAAGGCUAAAAUCAACGACCGCGGUAUCGCCGCUCUGGCGUACAACGUCAAGCUUGGUACUGGCGUAACCCUUGGAUUGGGCGCUUCCUUGGACACCCAGAACCUCAACCAGGCAGCGCACAAGGUUGGAGCAAGCUUCACCUUCGAGGGUUAAGCCCGGUGCGUCAAUUUUCCAAAAAAAGUCAGCGAGCGUACCCAGGAUAGGUGAAGUGGUUGAGGCGAGUGGCCGCGAGUGGGACAUGCUUCAAGAUGGACCGCACGUGUGAGGAAACCUGUAUUUCUUUCUUCACACGGGGGGAACAGGAAACAAGUGUUGGUGAGAUUUCUCCUCCUGCAUCGAAUUUCGAGACCGGCACUUGGGUGCCUCUUUGUACAGCAGAUGAUGGGGGCGGUUGCAAGAGAGGACGAGACUUUUAGCAUAGAGCGAGAAAGAACAAUUCUGAUCUUGAUUUAUCGCAUCGUACUAUGGCAGGAAGCUCAAGAAAUCACCUUGGCCAAAAUCGUCGCCUCUACAUCGACUCUUCCGACUUACAUAUUUGCUUUCCUCUCAUAGUUUGGUUGGUGUAGGCCAACGGAUCAUCAAAACUGCCACCCCAUCAAAGGCGAUGUAGACCCAUAUAUUCAUCUGAAC